GAUGCUUCUGAAGAUGAACCAGAUCGAGAGAAAAUUGCAGACCUACUUCGGAGAUCACAAGUUCACACAGAGAAUUUGGGUGAAGCGUUCCUGCCUCCGAAGGUCCUAGAAGAGAUAUUGACCGAAGAACGGAUUCGCAUGGAAAUAGAAGCAUACCGUGAUCAGCAGCCGGAUAGUUGGUGUGGUCAAGGAUUGAACGAUUGCGCGAAUCUAAUUAGAUGUCGGUAUCUGAAGAUUUUUGCGAUCCUCAUCCUCCUCGACAAAGGGGAAGACAUUGGGAAAUUCAUUGAAGAAGGUGUGAGUGACGAAGACUUGCCUUUGGUUGAGACCCAAGUUCGUCAUAUGUCCGAUCUCGUACGCAGUAAAUCUCCGAACAAUCCACUUGGCUGCUUCGACACAUGGAUGAUACACGAACGCGAACAGUUUUCGCGCUACCAGUACAGGGUAAAUCUGCCGUUUCUCAGUUUCGACACCGAGACAAACUCAGUGCGACAUGUGGACUUUACGCCUCAGACUAUACUACCCUUCUCGGAGUGUGGUGGUUCCAUAGAAGGGAUAUACUCGAGAAUUAGCAAGAUCAAGAUACACAGGGACUGUCAUGGCUUCAGCAACAUACUGAAGAAGAUUCAGACGAACGACGUUUUCGCAGUGAAACGGUUGCGCAUCAAUCACGGAGACAACGUGGAAAAUUGUUUCCACAGGGAGGUAAACAUGUUGAAGAACUUGAGCCGCACUCACAAUCACCUUCUCAGUCUCCUCAUGACAUGGAGUUACCGGAACGACCACUACCUUCUUUUCCCGUUGGCAGACUGCAACUUGGCUGAUUAUUGGAACAAAGAAUCUCAAACACCGUCCCGGAGCGAGACGAAAGGCAUAGACCUGGGAACAGCGAGGUGGGUUUCAGAACAGAUUCUUGGUUUGAUGGACGCUCUGGACAGUCUCCACCAUCCACGAGGCUUGUCCAGCACAAAAUUUGGAAGACACGGUGAUCUCAAACCCGAGAACAUCCUUUGGUACAAUGAUCCAGAAGGCGGGCGAGGAACGCUAGUCAUAUCCGACUUUGGGUGUUCGACUCUUAAUACUCAAUAUAGUCGAUCGAACAUUACAGCAGCUAGAGUGCCUUUAACCCCAGCUUACCGGCCACCAGAGUGCGAUCUCGAGGGCGGCAAAAUUUCUAGAGCGUCAGAUAUAUGGUCUUUCGGAUGCGUUCUUCUAGAGUUCGUUUGCUGGGCACUUGGUGGUGGCGAACUGGUCCAAACCUUCGCAAAGAGAAGAAUAAGUCCUUAUAUUACGGGCUUAUCGAGCGAUUCUUUUUUUGACGUGAAUGCAAAAGCUGACGACGGAGGGUAUGUCAUAACCGUGAAAGACGUUGUCUCAAUGACCAUAGCAGAACUUCACAAGAACGCGCACUGUACGCAGUACUUUCACAAUCUUCUCGACAUCAUCGAGCGCGAAAUGAUUGUCAUUCUUUCGUCCGAGAGCCUUAGGUCGGACUCGACAGUAUUGCUGCGCAAGUUUAACUUCAUGCAUUCCAAUACCACAGACGAUCCAGAUUACUGCCAGACACCGUGUCCUGAAAGCCGACCUACGGAAUCCUAG